AUGUUGCCAACACCAGAGGAACUCGCAGCCAACGAUGACCUGAUUGCGGAGCUCAAGGCCCAGAACAACUUUGAGAGUCCCGCGGAGACGGAACGGAGGAAACAAACGCUCCAGCAUAUCCAGAAGGUCACCGUGGAGUUCAUCAAAGUUGUCAGUCGCAGGAAGGGGCUCUCACCCGCAGCGGUCGAAGCAUCAGGUGGUAAAAUCUUCACAUUUGGCAGUUAUCGCUUGGGCGUCUAUGGUCCUGGGUCGGACAUCGAUACGCUGGUUGUCGCACCAAAGCAUGUGCUGAUCGAAGACUUCUUUUCCGAUUUCCCUCCUACGCUAGAGAGGAUGUCACCGGAAGGCGCUAUCGAGAAGCUGACGCCAGUACCCGAUGCCUUUGUUCCAAUCAUCAAACUCGUGUACACCGGCAUCAGCAUCGAUUUGAUCUUCGCACGGUUGAUUAUCCCCUCGAUACCUCUCAAUCUUGAUUUGAAGAACAAUGAUUAUCUGAGAGGACUGGAUGAGAAGGAAGUCCGAUCGCUUAAUGGAACCCGUGUGACCGACCAGAUCCUGGAGCUUGUGCCCCAGCAGAAGACGUUCCGCCUUGCGCUGAGGGCUAUAAAACUAUGGGCACAACGUUCAUCAGGUCGAGCAAUCUACUCCAACGUCGUGGGUUUCCCAGGAGGUGUUGCUUGGGCGAUGUUGGUGGCACGUGUUUGUCAGCUCUAUCCCCAUGCGACGGGCUCAGUCAUCGUCGGCAAGUUCUUCCGAAUCAUGAACAAAUGGGCUUGGCCUCAGCCUGUGCUACUGAAACCAAUUGAAGACGGACCUCUGCAGAUGAAAGUUUGGAAUCCGAAGGUCAGGGAACUAUAUCAUCUCAUGCCCAUCAUCACCCCAGCGUAUCCUUCGAUGUGCGCCACUCACAACGUCACAGUGUCGACAAAGACGGUCAUCUUGCGCGAGCUGCAGCGGGGUGGAGACAUUGUGGACAAGAUCUUCAUGAAGCAACUUACUUGGAAGGACCUUUUCACCAGGCACACCUUUUUCUCCCAAGACUACAAGUACUACCUUUGCAUUACAUCUUCCAGCAAAACGAAAGAAGCUCAGUCGGUCUGGUCAGGUCUGGUGGAAUCGAAACUCAGGCACCUGGUUGGUGCACUUGAUCGAAAGCCCACCAUCUCUGUAGCACACCCAUUCCCUAAAGGCUUUGAAAGAGUACAUGUGGUUCGAGAUGACAAAGAGGCAGAAGCUGUGAAGAAUGGAUCGACGCAAUACCAGGCACAGGGCACGAAGACCGAGACUACGGAUGAAACCAAGGACCCGACCCACACCGCAGCCGCUGAAACUGGCGCUGAAGAUGCGCAAGUACCGGGGACGGAGACAAAUGGCAACUCCGACAGCCGCAUAAUCUAUACGACGACCUAUUACAUCGGAUUGGAAUUGAAGCCUUUAGAGCCAGGCGCAUCGAGAUCACUGGAUAUAUCGGCCGACGCCCAAAUGUUCAAAUCAAUGUGUACAUCGUGGCAAGGAUACCAGCCCGGUAUCAACGACUUGACCAUUACGCACGUCCGAAAUUUCGACCUGCCCGACGAUGUUUUCGAACCCGGAGAGACACGACCAACGCGGCCGAAGAAGAAGGUCAUCAAGAAGCCCGAAGCCGCUGGUCAGAAGCGAAGCAUUGAUGCUCUAGACGUAAGUUGCAACAGGAGGCCGACUCAUCAGAGCUGGAAGAAGAGAACGAGCAGCUCUGUCAUGCCGAAUGGCAUUUUGGCCUACUCCUGA